CAUUGGUAUGAGCGCAACACAAUUUAAAAACAGAGUUAGGUUAGAUUGCAUUGAAUUUCACGUGUUUGUGCCGUUUGUUUCUCAAGUUUAUUAAUCGAAUAAUAAAUAAUAAAUACAACAAUAAUGACUGAAUUCGAGAUGCAUUCGAGUGAUUCUGAAGAUAUAAGCGAUGAUGAUGCUGAGUUGCAAAGAGCAUUUGCUGAUGGAGAAAUCAAACCAGGCCUUAAUAAAAUUGUUCCUGUAGCCAAACAACAUGUAAAUAAUAUUAAAGGUUUAACAAUGAAAUAUGAAGAAUUUAAACUCAAUUUGCCAUGGAUUGAAUUACUAGGCAAUGUGAAUAAGGAAGCUCCAUUAGCUCCAGAAUUAGCAGCAAAAAUGCAUGAACAAGAACAGAAGAGAGCCAACCAACUCAAAAACAACAAGAAGUUGCAACAGUUUGCAGCUGCUGAAGAUCCAGUCCUGAAUGACUUCAAAAGAGAAAUGAUGUUCCACAGACAAGCACAAGCCACAGUCAUGCAAGCUUUACCCAAACUUAAAGCCAUGGGUAUUGCUACAAUCAGACCUGAUGAUUACUUUGCUGAAAUGGCCAAGACUGAUGCCCAUAUGCAGAAAAUCAGAGCCAGUUUAAUGCAGAAACAAGCCCAGCAGCAAAGAAGUGAAAGAGUAAAGGAAUUGAGAGCUCAUAGGAAAGAAGGCAAAGCAAUUCAAAUCCAGACUAAACUUCAGAGGCUGAAGGAGAAGAAGGAUAUGAUGGAUCAAGUGAAGAAAGUGAGGAAAGGUGUUUCCAAAGAUUUGAGCUUUUUGGAUAGUAAGAAAGGUCCAUCAAAGAAAUCUAUAGAGAAGAGGAAGAUGAAGGAUAAGAAGUUUGGGUUUGGUGGAAAAAAGAGAGGUCUGAAGUCGAAUACAAAGGAAAGUGCGGCGGAUAUUAGCGAAUAUAAGAAACCGAAGCGUGAUGGUAAAUUUGCGGGUGGUAAACCAGGUAUAGGUGGUAAGGGAGCAAAGGGUGCAAGAGGUAAACGCGGCGGUAGUGCAAGCGGGGCUAGUAAACGACCAGGAAAGAACAGACGCGCUCAAAGUAAAUCUAAAGGACGAAAAUAGGUUGUUAUGUAACUGUAUCUUAUAAGUAACUAUAAAGAAUUAAUAAAAUAAUCAUUAAUA